GAGAGCGUCUUGUUUCCGGUACUGGAGAACUGGGGCUCCGUUGCGUCACUAAAGGUAGCCGCUCGCGGCUGCUAUCGCGGGUGGGAGGUUGAGAACAAACGGCUGAGCGAACGCGUCUUGCGAGGUCAUCCAUUCGUUUAAGAAAACAAAGCGGAACAUUCUCAAAGGUAACUCAAACGUCACGCAGGCCCAUUCUUAUCGGUCAUUUGCCAAAACGGCAUUCCUCGCCAUGUCCAAACACGAACGUGUGAAUGGGACAGAUGCGCGAGUUCGCGGAGAGCAGACGGCGUCGGGAUAUUGACCCAGGCCUGGGGGAAGUGACGUUGACCCGCGCUUCCGCCCGUGCUCCACCAAUGGUGAGCGCGGAAACGGCGGUGGCGGGAUGGAAGCGGCGCGUAGCGGCAACCGCCGCUUCAGCGCUAGCGCCGACGCCUGCCGACGGCGACGCAAACGUCGAGCUAAACCGGUUGUUCAGGAAAGCGGACACCGGCGGCAGCGGCCGUACUCGACUGUCGUAGUCGUCGUCGCCGUCGUCGUCAUCGCGGUGCGUGCUCCGUGCAGUGUUCUGCUCCCAGCAAGGCGAUGCCCACCUCUUGAUCUUCGCACACGCCGUACCACCGUACCGCACAUCUUUCUCCAUGGCGCAUCUACACGGAUUACUCGUAGCCGCGACGAUUCUGGCGCUGUGCGCUGCGCGACCGGACUCGAACGGCGACGGAGCGUGCUCGUGGGCGCGCGAGCAACUCUCGACGAAGCUCGGGGGCCACACGUGGACGGACCUGCUGUCCCCGGCGCCCGUGUCAGGUGACUCGCUGUCGCUGUGUCCGUCUGCCCGGUCGUGUUGCACGCUGGCCGCCGAGCGUCGCCUGCAAGACGCGUCCUGGGAGAAGCUUCGCGGCCUCGUCUGGGCCAACACCGAGUCCCUCCGGCGCUUCCUCGAGGACUCCGCCGCCAGCUUCACCGAGCGCUUCCUGAGCCUGCUGUCCGAUGCCGAGCGCAACACGCAGCUGCUCUUCUCGAACGUGUACGCGGAGCGCAUGGCGGCUGCGGCACGCGCCCCCGUGCGGAGCCUGUUCGCGGCCUUGGAGGCCCACCUGCUGGGGACGCCGGGGCCCGCGGCCGAGGCCCAGCUGGGCGCCUUCUUCGAUGAACUCUUCCCCUUCGUCUACUUCCACACCGUCAACCCCAAGCUGAACGACUUCAGCGACGACUACAAGGCCUGCCUGCGCUCGGCCCAGGGGCAGCUCAGGCCUUUCGGGGACGUUCCCACCAGGCUGCAGGGCCCCCUGCUGGAGUCUCUGGGUGCAGCGCGGACGCUGCUGCGCGCCACCCGCGUGGCGCUGGAGGUGCUGAACGCAUCCAGCGUGCCGGACUCCACGCCGACGCCCGGCUGUGGCCGCGCCCUGGCACAGCUCUUGGGCUGCCCCGCGUGCCUGGCCCCGCAGCACUCGCGCGGAGAGCUCCGACCCUGCUCAGGCCUGUGCCUCAACACCCUGCGCGGCUGCCUGGCCGGCGUCGAGGACCUGGCGGCGCCCUGGAGCGACCUGGUGUCGGCACUGCACCGUAUGCUGCUGCGCAUGGUGGGCUCCAACGACCUGGAGGAGGUUCUGUCCGUCCUAGACUCCAAGGUGUCUGAGGCCGUCAUGCAUGCCAUGGAGAACGGGCCGGAGCUCUCCAAGAGGGUGAAGCUAGAGUGCGGGGACCCCAAGCGGCGACUGGGCAACGCCAGCUCGGCGGAAGUGGCUGGACCGCGCAGAGUGACGGCGGCCCUGCGCGGCCCGAACACGUCCCUGCGAACCCAGCAGCGCCAGUUCAUGCAGCGGCUGAACGACUCUCGCACGCUCUUCUCCUCGCUCUCCGAGACCUUGUGCUCGGGGCGCGGGAUGGAGGCCACCCACGACACGCCCUGCUGGAACGGUGCUGGCAGCGGGGAGUACACCAAGACUGUGGCGGGGGUGGGGACGUCAGCCCAGAAGUCCAAUCCGGAGGUGUCCUACGAGACGUCUUUGUGGGACUCCAGACUGGAUGUCCUGGUGCACAAGCUCAAUGACAUGACCACUGAGAUCCUUGGAAACCGAAUCUCCGUGAUGCCAGAGUCGGACUCGUACACGAUGGAAGGCAGUGGCAGCGGGGCCUGGGGCAAUGGGGAAACGUCGGACGACGAGGACUUUGACGGAGGUUCGGGCAGCGGCAUGGGAGAGUACUUUGCGCCGUCGCCAACACCCCACGUUGUGACGACAGCACCGACGCAGAAGGCGGGCGGCAGCGGGGCGUCUGCCCUCGGAGUCAGCGCAGCGUCCCUCGCGUCCAUGCUGUGCCUAGUGCUCGUCGCAAAGUCCCUCGCAGACUCCUCGUGAAACAAGCAGCCACGGGAUCAGAGCAACACGAGAAGCCCAACCCCGUUCCCUCUUUUUUUUUUUCUUCUGGAAUUGUGAUAGACUGUGCCCCGCCAUUCGCCAGCUGCGGACGACUCGGUCGAGCGGGGGGGACCGACGACGCAAGCUGCGUGUGCCUGAAAACGAGAGGAAAGAGGCGAAAGGACCAUUCAGACGAGACUGACUUAGAAUACGCCGUUUGGCUUGGUGUGUCUGCCGUGCAUGUGUGGUGUGCUUUCCGUGUGGCUCAUCUUUUUUCUUUUUUGCCCCGUUGCAACUGUUUACCCACAUCGUUGAUGCGCACAAGGGUUUGUUCAAUGUGCCGGCUGCAAAGGCACCUUGUGGAGUUGUUUCCUCCUGGUUGUUGCUCAGAACGACGAUAUGUCGGUGUGGAUGGUACUGCUCGUUGGCCCGUCUUCUGUUCGUAACGACUGUGACCUCUCGGUUUUGGACGGGUCAUGGCCCUCUGAUGUUGAGAAAGUUUGCAGUUUACUACGAGAAGAGAAGCUGUACGUAUUUUUAGACGCAGAUCGUUGUACCUGAGGAACGUGACCGACUCCGUCUGAUUCUCGCAAAUCGGGCGUUAGCAUCACCGACGCCAAUCUGAACGAAGCACCGUGCCAAACACAGUGGCCAUAUCGCUAUUGUUCAAAGAGCACCGACAGCAUUGGUAGUGAGUUGGAACAGAUUGUGUACCCGUUUUGGCGCAGUUGCCACACAUUCGAUGCAGUUCUUUACCUUGCGGUCCGCGAGGCCUUCAAAAGGUCGGUCAUUCGUGGCAGUGCAAGGUGCAUUUGUAAAUUGGGCUCGGUCGCCUUUUGGGUUGGCAAGUCGUUAACCGAAAAGAAAUGUGUGAAAUCAGAUGCACUCCUUAUGUUGCGUAUACUUGUGUGCUUAAGGUUUUGGAAUUCUCGCGACCUCGGAGCCUUGUUUGAGUAGAAUAUAGCCUGCCUCGAGUGCUGGGUGCCUAUGGUGAGUGUGUGUCCGUCUGCAAAUGUUUAAUUUUAGUUUAUCCUCGUGUAAAAAGAUGCUAUAGAUCUCGAGAUUUUUCUUCUGCUUUUCGUGUUUGGAAUGUCUGUUGGUUGUAGGAAGCUGUUGCGGCACUCGUAAUUUAAAAGAAGCUCUAGUUAAGUUUAGGGGAGCGUAUGCUUACACUUGUCGAAAUAUUGUGAUGCACUGUCUGGGAACAGUAUCAUGGUCCUUUUUUCUUCCAGUUUCUUAGCCUUCUAUUUAGUUUUAAGUAAAGACAACCGUAGCGGUUUGUUCUCUUGAAUACUCCUGCGCCCCUGGGCUGCGUUGCUAGCAACCAUUCCUAGGAGAGGAGUACAAAGAUUUAUGGAUGUCCUGGCAGCCGCUUUAUAUCCGUAUUUAUUCUUGGGUUCAGCCCGUGAGCUUUGCCGCCGUAUUUAUUUUGCAUUUAGGAGUGAAUGUGGAAUUAGUGACUGCAUGUAGUCAACCAGUCUUCCUCCCUCCAAAACCGCAAUCAGUGACGCGUGGCCCAUUCUGCCGACUCCGGCAUUGGGGCAGGCAGUUCACGUUGGGCAUUAAAGAGCCCGCAUGUGUUGCAUGAGCUUGAUGGGUCAGUCCCUAGCUUUUAAUUCUAUGUAUUAUCAAUGUUUGCCAGUGUCUUUUUUCUUUCUGAACAUGUGCAUCGGAGAAAAGUAUUUUUUCUACUAAUUCCACAAUUUCGACUCUAUUGAGUUAAUCUCUGAAAGACGAUUAUGUAGUGAGCGAAAAAAAAUUUUGGAUUGCCGCCUAGAAAUUUUUUUUAGAGACACUUCAAUUGUUUGUGUAAUUCUUAGAUCUUUUUUGGAAACAGGUAGUUCGUCGGUACCCUUAAAAAAUCAUGCAUUUGAGGCCCGAGUUUUGGUGCUGUGCCAGUACAUUCUUUACACACAUCUUAACUGCAGCAAGCACCAAAUGAUAAGGACAAGCCAUCGCCGCUACAUCAUAACAUCAUCUUUUACACAUCUAACCGAACAUUGCUCAAAUACUCGUUUACGAAAGGAGAGAAGGAAUUGACUCGAGAAGCAAUUUAACAAAUUUUCUCCGAGAUCGAGGCAGCAAAAGUAUUGGCUCCACGUUGAACACUCAACAAUGUAUACUGAAUCUCUCUAUUUUUCUGAAAGAAAAAUUUCACUGCCAGAACCGCGAACAAAUUUUGAACAUGUGACAUGAGGCAAAAGAGUUAGCAAGAGAUUCUUUUUAAACUUUUUGUUUGUUUUUUGUUAGUCUCAUUGUAUGACAAAUUUGUUGAAAGUUGAUUUACACCCUCAAAGAAGGAUUACCUUGGUUGCUUGCUGCUCUGUCUGUCUUAAGACCAAAAUCCUUGCAUAGCAUGUCAAGCAAACAUUGAAAUCAGAUGAAAUUUUUUUCUAUAAUUCUUUUGUUUGCUGUAAAUUUCUGUUGUGCAUUCUGUCAGAACAACAGCGUCUAAAUGAUGUGUUUGCCCCCGCUUCUUCUUCGAUUAGUCUUUUCCUAAAGCAUUGGGGUGUGAGACAGACAAGCAAUGCAGACUUUAGCGAGACGAGUGCUGUGCCAAACAAAAUGCACUUUUUUAUUUUAGCCCGGACGAAUUUUGAUACCAUGUUUUUUUUGUAACCUAUGCUUGUUGUUUUUUUGGCAGCAGAAGUACAACCUGUCGCGUGCGUGAAGUCGCUUUACCUGUUUGCUGUUCAUGUCUCGCAUAUGUGCCAUGCCUUUUUUUUGUUUGUUGCUAGCCCGUUUUAUUUUUUGUAUCGUUGAAUUUUGCGUGCCGUUACGCGCAGCGCUACGCUGCACAUGACGUCGAGAACUGCAUUUUAUUGAGGAUGCUGUGGGGGUGUAUUUUUUUUCUUCUUAGUCUCCGCAGUGUGGCAAGUGUGUACAUAUGUAUGUCUCCUGGCAAGCUACGAGAGGGGAAAUAUUGUAAAAAUGACAGACACAACAACAGAGGAGGGAUAGGCAGUGUACAAUGCAGAGCUUGUUUCUAUAUAGUAGUAAGUUAAAGAGAGAGGGCCCAUUGUUGUUGAUGGUCCCACGGCCGGCCAAUUGUUGGUGCGUCGUGCGGAGUCGUCUGCGUGCAUGAGCGCGAGGCCUCACAUGUGAUACGAGUUUGACGAAUAGCAGAUCUUUACUGAUGAAGUGUGCUGGAAAGAACAGGAUGACUUAGGAUCUUCUGGACUCCCUUUUUUUUGUUGUCUUCUGUGUUGAUUUAUUCUUUCUGUCUUUUUCUUUAUUGUAGAAACAAAUUAUGUGCAUCUUCAGUUUUUUUUGUUGCUUUGUCCCUUUAUUUCCUCUCUAAUAAAUCUGUUUGAAACGUUUU